UCCUCUCUCCCCAUCCGUCCCUGCGCUUUCCAGGUUGCUAUGUCUUCUCUACCGAAGGAAGGAAAUCGAGGGAAAAUGAAAAUGGAAGGAGUCGAAGGAGACGCCUCGGUGGGUGGAACAGGGCGUUACACUCUGAAACCAACACGAAAAAACAACGAGGACAUAAUAUUUUGCGUGGACGUGGACGCAGAGUCGCUUGUUGAGAUGAAAACAGUGGGAAUCACCAGAUUGGAUUCCAUAAGGCAGGCCAUCAUUCUCUUCGUCAACUCCAAACUCUCCAUCAACCCCGAUCACCGCUUCGCUUUCGCCACUCUCUCCAAAUCCGCCUCUUGGCUUAGAAAAGAGUUCAGCAGUGAUGUUGAGUCUACCAUUGCUGCUGUUCGGGCACUCUCGGCUAUUACCGUCUCUUCUGGCCAAGCUGAUCUCACCAAUUUAUUCCGCUUAGCAGCUCAUGAAGCAAAGAAAUCUCGUGCACAGAACCGGAUUUUAAGAGUGAUUCUUAUAUACUGCAGAUCAUCGAUACGGCCCCAGCAUCAAUGGCCUGUAAACCAGAAACUCUUCACUUUGGAUGUGAUGUACCUCCACGACAAGCCUGGACCAGAUAACUGUCCCCAGGUGGUCUAUGAUGCACUUGUUGAUGCGCUUGAACAUGUUAGUGAGUAUGAAGGAUACAUCCAUGAGAGUGGACAUGGUCUACCACGUACUCUCUUCCGUUUCAUGUCUAUGUUGUUGUCUCACCCUCAACAGCGUUGCCCUCAAGACGACUGUGAUAUUCCCAAGCCUCUUAUGAAGAAGUCAGCUGAAUCAGGAAAUGGUGAAGAUAGUGUUCUUAUAUCCACCAGCCAGUGAGAAUAUUAACCACCAAAUUUCCAUGCUGCUUCGAUCCUUGGGUUUUAGCAGUAUGAUUUCUGGAUGUGCUGAAAUAAGAUACAUGGACAAGAUGACCUAUUUAUCUUCUGUAAACAUUCUGUACAGAUUAAACCCUUUCUGUGUGUGCUUAUGAAACUGUUUCAUUUAAUAUAUGAUUCAAUAUAUCAUUAUCUUACACCUA